CCCGGAGCUCGGAGCUGCGUGGCGGCGGCGCGCGGCGGGCCGGGUCGUGGUAGGUGCUCGGCGGCAGGACGAACCCCGCGCGAGGUGCGGGCACCAUGGUGCUGUCCGUGCCUGUGAUCGCGCUGGGCGCCACGCUGGGCACGGCCACCAGCAUCCUCGCGCUGUGCGGGGUCACCUGCCUGUGUAGGCACAUGCACCCCAAGAAGGGGUUGCUGCAGCGGGACCGGGACCCCGACCCGGAGAAGGCGAGACCCGGCGUACUCCAGCCCGCCCAACAGUUCAAUGUGAAAAAGUCCACGGAGCCCGUCCAGCCCCGAGCCCUCCUCAAGUUCCCAGACAUCUACGGACCCAGGCCAGCCGUGACGGCCCCGGAGGUCAUCAACUAUGCAGACUACACGCUGAGGGGCACAGAGGGGCCGGCUGCGUGCGCCAGCCCCCAGGCCCCGAAGGACAGCCGGCUCAAGAGGCAGGUCACGGAGGAGCUGUUCAUCCUUCCUCAGAAUGGUGUGGUGGAGGACGUCUGUGUCAUGGAGACCUGGAACCCAGAGAAGGCUGCCAGCUGGAACCAAGCCCCCAAACUCCACUACUGCCUGGAGUACGACCAGCAGAAAGCGGAACUGUUUGUCACGCGCUUGGAAGCUGUGACCAGCGACCAUGAUGGAGGCUGUGACUGCUAUGUGCAAGGCAGCGUGGCCAGCAGGACAGGCUCUGUGGAGGCCCAGACGGCCCUGAAGAAGCGGGAGCUGCACACCUCCUGGGAGGAAGGCCUGGCGCUGCCCCUGGAGGAGGAGGAGCUCCCCACGGCAACCCUGACGCUGACCCUGAGGACCUGCGACCGCUUCUCCCGCCACAGUGUGGCCGGGGAGCUUCGCCUCAGCCUGGACGGGGUGUCUGUGCCUCUGGGGACCGCCCAGUGGGGGGAGCUGAAGACUUCAAGUAAGGAGCCCUCCGCCGGCACUGGAGAGGUCCUUCUCUCCAUUAGCUACCUCCCGGCUGCCAACCGCCUCCUGGUCGUGCUGAUCAAGGCCAAGAACCUCCACUCUAGCCAGUCCAAGGAGCUCCUGGGGAAGGAUGUCUCUGUCAAGGUGACCUUAAAGCACCAAGCUCGGAAGCUGAAGAAGAAGCAGACGAAACGAGCUAAGCACAAGAUCAAUCCCGUGUGGAAUGAGAUGAUCAUGUUCGAGCUGCCUGAUGACCUACUGCAGGCCUCCAGCGUGGAGCUGGAGGUGCUGGGCCAGGAGGAGGAGGGGCCGAGCUGUGUGCUGGGCUGCUGCAGCCUGGGCUUGCAUGCCUCGGGCUCCGAGCGCAGCCACUGGGAAGAGAUGCUCAAAAACCCACGCCGACAGAUUGCCAUGUGGCACCAGCUGCACCUGUAGUCGGCUUCCUGGGCCACCUCCCUUCUUGGGCACAGCCCUGUCCCUUUGGUCUCAGCUGUCCUCUGUGACCUUCUCUUUGUGCCACAUCCUCAUUCUGACACCCAGAAGACAGAUGCCUCUGCAAAGGCCAGGACACCAAUCCUCGCUCAUCACACUCCCGUUUCUAAAACAUGAGCAAGACACGGCAGGGCAGGGCAGGGCAGGGCAGCGUGUGGACAUUUGGGUCACACUGAGGAAUGCUCUUUGCUCCUCUGUGACACUGAAGAGACACUUACCAAAUACAGCCCUUGUGCAGGUGUUGCGGCCGGGCGUGGGGAGAGGUCAGUCCAGGCGCAGAGAAAGCUGAAUUUGAGGAGUAAUGGGUGCAAAGAAUGUGGCUUUUUAAAAAUGAGCAUUUCAAAAAUGAUAAAGCAAAUGAAAGUGUUCUGGAUCAACUCGUAGAAUUAGAGCGUGUCGGGGCGGGGUGAAAUCUCGGGCUGCGUGAAGUCGGGCUCCCACCGUGCCCAGGCAGCAGCGACCCAGCAGUCCUCGGGCCUUAGAGUGUGGAGACCUCACCAGCAGAUCCCCGGGCCUGCCUGCAGACGUUCCUGAUCAGACCCCGGGAGCCUGGCUUCCGAACAAGCACAUCCAGUUUGGAUGCAGAGGUUGGAGCGCUGCACCGGGAGAAACCCCUUUUACGACAUUGCAGACGGGUUUCCACAGCCCUUGUUGGGCCCCGACACCCUGGGGCAGCCAGUUCCAGGUCUGGACAUCUCAGCCAUCAGCGUGAAAUUUGGAAGCCUCUGUGUUUUUUACAUUUAAUGAUCUUAAUUCUUAAUAUUUUCAUUUGUGCUUUUCAGAUCGUGCUCUUGGAUUGAAUUUGUACUUUUUAUUGAAAACUUUCUUGUUUUACCUCAAAAUCAGUGUAUAUUAUAUUCCGGGGGGGAACUUUCUUGACCACAUGCAGGUGGGGUCCCCCCAUUAGUCACUGGGCGCUUGUUGUCACAUCCACCAGCAUCACCAUGGUGACCCUCUGAGACAGACCCAUCCCUUCCAGCAGUCCAGCCACGUUGGGAAGCAUGUAGCUGGGGAGGGGCACAUGUUUAUUCAGUCUGUUAUGUCUGGCUCUGUGGCGGUGGAGAGAGAAGGUAACUGUAAGUAGGAAACAAAGACUUUCACAAAUGUGCCUCCCACUUCCGUUUCCAGGGCCUGUCCCUAUAAAAUCAGGAAACAGCCAGCAGCGAGGCCUCAGAUCCCUCCCUUAUGAUCCCAGAUAGCUGUCCACAUGGGUAACCAAGUUAUGAGCCUAGUGGAGUGGGUGUAACGUCUGCCCCUGAGCCGGACUCCUGGGUUCUCUUGUCGGCCCCCCGACGAGCAGGACUGAUGACGUGGCGGCUCUGUCUGUGCGACCCACGUGGCAAAUGAAAGAGUACUCAACAGCUGUGGGCGGUCGCUGGCUAGAACCAAACCCUGAGGCUACCGGCAGAUCGUCUUUAAGCUUGAAGCUGGCGGCUCACCAUGCCCGGCAAGGGCAGAACCGUCCCACGCAUUUCCAGAGCCAUGAAUUCUGCAUUUGGGCUCCCUAAUACCAACGUCCAAACCCUGGACCUUCUGAUGUCACCCAAGUCCUGAUCUAGAAGAGAAUUCCUAGGCAGGAUGGAUAAGGGCGAUCCCUCGACCCUCAGCAAGGCAAGUCCUGUUUGGCCUCUCCCUGAGAGUCUGAGCAGGGGCCUCGUCACCCUUAGUUAUCAUGUUUCCUUUCUCUGCAGAAGUAGAAAAGCAUGAGAAGCAACUUCUACCCUACACCCCCUCCAAAGAAACACAGGAAGUAUCUAACCCCUCUUUAAUGGGGAAAUCUUACAGAUCAUCGGAAACCUUGAUCGCUAAGGUUGACCACCGCCUGCCAAGUUUUGUUUAGGCAAAAAAAAAAAAUUUGUUAGUGAUUUCUUGUAUCAUGUUUUUGAGACACCCUCCCCAUCACUCUGCUCUCCCUUUUUUGGUUGGCGUGGCUAAAAGAGAACAAAAUACUCCCUGUGUAAGCUGUACUCUCUUCUUGGUAACAUCAGCUACUCCAAUCUGGAAAAAUUUGGAUUCUAGGCUUAAAAUCAGGAAACACGGUUCCACUUCCUUGUGAAUCUAAGCAAAGGAAGCAAAGUUUGAGGCGGGUUGGGUAGGGCCUCUGAUCCCAGAAACAUCAACUCCACCCUCGGUCAUUCCACCGUGAGGCGUUCAGUUCUUUGGAUCUCAGAGGUUUCGUUUUCCAGAGUCAAUAAAUUAAAGGUUGCCCCUAAUAAGAGUCCAAUGCCGCCGCAGAACAUCAUAGGUGUCAGCUGUCACCUCUCUUGGCAGGCAUAAAGAGAAACAUGAUCGGUGUUACAGGGGUGUUUGUCUGGUGUGUUCACUGGUGUGCUCUGAGCACCGAGAAUGCAGCUGGUGCGUGGGCCCUCAGUGAAAUUUAUUGAAUGAAUUAACGAAUAAAGUGUGGACGGGGGAGUAGACAGCAAAGGACACUGUGAGUGGCACAAAAACCAGAGUCCUAGCUGACUUCUCACGGGUAAAGGCACCAGAAAUCUCAGUUGGCCUGGAAAUUCAUGACAUUGGGUAUCAUCGUUCACCCGAUGACAAUUUGUAGCUCGAGGAAAUGUCAUCGAUGAUCAAAGAGAAUAUUGUUGCUGUGCUUUGUCACCCAGACUUUGUCUUGGUGAAUUCUAUAUUACCCAGAGACAUCAGACUGACAAAUCAAAAACCUUCGGUAAUCUUUGCAUCGGUUUACCUUGUACAAGAAACAGUGGCAAUUUGCAGAGUAAUUGGCUGGGCACGAGUGCACCUGAUCUUUUUGGAAGGAGCACCGGGCACUUUUCCAGGGAGUAUUUUCCAAGAUGGGCAUGAGGCGGAGGUGACAAUAAAGUGAGAAGCCAUCACAGACUGGGCUGUCGCCCACAAGGCCAUCGGUUCUUUCCUAGGUUCGGUGACGGGGACAGAGAAUUGGGCAUCCACUUGCAUUAAUCUGUGGGUCUACUUCGUACGUCAAAUCAAUAUCUAUUUGUCGAGUGCCUAUUGAUCAAGACCUUGCAUGUGUCUGUCCAUUUCAAUUUGAGGAAUGACUCUUGGCGUGGGUCAAGGGACAAAUCACCCCAAAUGGCGCCAUGUAGAGAGCAAGGUGGAGGAACAGUUCUUCAAGGGCAAUUCCUUUUCGACGUUCAGAGUCCUGGGUGGCAGGUGGCUGGAACCUAAGCCACACUGAGGUGAGGACCACCCAGAGAGCGAUGCAGCCCCUGUGACUUGUUUCUGCCGCCCGUGUGUCCUGUUGUCGAUGCUACGUGUGUGUUUGUUUGCGAUUAUGAACCGAAGCACAAAAAGAAGCAUGAGACGUGGUAGUCAUAUGUCUGGUGUCACACUUUGGAGCAAAAACCCUUUCAGUGGUAAAUAAAUAAUUUCCAACUGGG